AUGGUUGUGGUAGCUCAACUCUCUGAAGUGGCUGUGAGCGUGCUGCCAGGUAUCACCUACUUUGUUUAUGACAAUUGUCUUGGUGCAAACACCUUUUUGCAGUCCAACUCGAUUUCUGCCAACAUGACUCAUCUCGAGAUUACCAUCCCGUUGAGCGACCCAAGUGUUAUCGCGCAUACUAGUCUUGUGACAUUGACCAUGUACACAACCACCAAACAGCAACAGUUUGUGGUAGGUGCGUUCCCAUCGACGUUGGAGAACUUAUUUGAUGAAUCUCUUGAUGAACGCGGGUUAAUACCACCAACCAUCACAACGAUUGCUUUUGGAUCGAGUUACAACCUUCCACUUGAGAGUUUACCACCUGCACUCAAAAACCUGACGUUUGCAAAUGGGUCAGUAUUCAACCACCCCAUCCUACCUGGUCAAUUACCAGCAACACUCGAGUCGCUGUCAUUUGAAAGUCACUAUCGUCACAAGUUGGAAGAGUCGGUCCUACCCACAUCACUCACCAAACUAACACUCCCCAAACCAUACAACUAUGCAUUCGAACCAAACACUCUUCCACACUCGUUACAGAAUCUACAACUAUCACAUGACUUUAACCAACCACUAAACCAUCUUCCACCCAAUCUCACCAGAUUAACACCUGGAGUAAAGUUUAACCAACCCAUUACAAUUGGACAAUUACCCAAUACACUUGAACAUCUUUCACUUCGAGAUUCUUCAUUCUUUAGCCAUCCAAUCGAUGUUUCCGUGCUUCCUCCCAACCUCAAAACAUAUGCACUUCCUCCCAAAUACAACUAUCGUAUUCCCAAAGGAGGAUUACCACCUACCAUUGAAUUUCUAUAUCUCUACACAGACCAAACAUUUGAUUCGAUUGGUAUUCCAGACGAUAUUCCUGCACUUCGUACUGUUUUUGCUCCAUUCCUUAAAUCAAAGCAUCCUCUUCCACCUUGGAUGGUAUUCUAUAAAUCAAAAUAA